AUGGUCUUGGCGCAGUCAAUCAGAUACAGUGGUAUCCGCCACUUGAGUUAUGCAAGUUUGAGAAGUCCGGCUUUUUAUGCUCCGGUCAAGCCCGUCAUUGGCUCAAGACUUUAUUCCGACGUAGCCAAAGAUGCAGCUAGUGAGACUGGUAGUGCAGAAGCUGCAAAAGAGACCCUAAGUGAGGAACAACAGAAAAUCCAGGAUCUGGAGAAAAAACUGGGCGCUAAGGACAAGGAAUGCGCUGAAUACAAGGAUCGUCUUCUGAGGUCUGUUGCAGACUUCAGGAAUCUGCAAGAAUUGACCAAGAAGGAUGUCCAAAAAGCUAAGGAUUUUGCCUUGCAGAAAUUCGCCAAGGAUUUGCUGGACUCGGUGGACAACUUUGGCCACGCCUUGAAUGCUUUCAAGCCCGAAACUACGGAACAAUCCACUGAGAUUAGCGACCUCUACACUGGUGUGAAGAUGACUCGCGAUGUAUUUGAAAAAACCCUGAAGAAGCACGGCAUCGAGAAGCUCGAUCCCAUGGGCGAAGCCUUCGACCCCCACAAGCACGAGGCUACCUUCGAGCUCCCUGACCCUGAAAAAGAACCUGGCACCGUAUUCCAUGUUCAGCAAGUCGGGUUCACGCUUAAUGACAGAGUCAUCAGACCUGCCAAGGUCGGUAUCGUCAAGGACGUAUCAAAUUAG